ACGCGCGCGCUGACGUCGCCGGCAGCCGCAGCCUCUGAAGCGGGGCUGGGACCGGGGGGCGCCGAGUUUGAUUAGUUUAGGGGGGCCGUCCCCCGCCGGCCGCCGCGCCCCAGGGAGCGGCGCCUCUGGGCGGCGGGCGCGUCCCGGAGGCUUCACCGCCGCGGCUCGGCGGUGCUGCGAGGAAAGUUGGCGGCAGAGGGGCGACGGGCGGCUGAGGGGCGGCGGGCGCGGCCAUGGAGCCCCGCGGCGCCGAGUACUUCAGCGCCCAAGUGCUGCAGAAGGACGUGAGCGGUCGGCUGCAGGCGGGCGAGGAGCUGCUGCUCUACCUCGGCGCGCCCGGCGCCAUCCCGGAUCUGGAGGACGACCCGAGCCGCCUGGCCAAGAUCGUGGACGCGCUCACCGGCUGGGUGGGCUCGAGUAACUACCGGGUAUCAUUAUUAGGAUUGGAGAUUUUAAGUGCCUUUGUGGAUCGAUUAUCAACACGAUUUAAAUCUUACGUAACAAUGGUUACCACAGCUUUAAUAGACAGAAUGGGAGAUGCCAAAGACAAAGUCCGAGAAGAAGCUCAGAAUCUGACACUGAAGCUGAUGGACGAGGUGGCGCCGCCUAUGUACAUCUGGGAGCAUCUGGCCUCUGGCUUCAAGCACAAGAACUUUCGGUCUCGAGAAGGCAUGUGCCUGUGUCUUAUUGAAACCUUGAACAUCUUUGGGACUCAACCACUGGUCAUCAGCAAGUUGGUGCCUCAUUUAUGUGUCUUAUUUGGAGAUUCUAACAGUCAGGUGAGAAAUGCUGCAAUAUCAGCUGUAGUGGAGAUUUAUAGACACGUAGGAGAGAAGCUGAGGAUUGAUUUGUGUAAAAGAGACAUUCCCCCUGCUAGAUUAGAAAUGAUACUUGCCAGAUUUGAUGAAGUUCAAAGUUCCGGUGGUAUGAUUCUGAGUGUCUGCAAAGAUAAAAGCUUUGAUGAUGAGGAAUCAGUGGAUGGAAAUAGGCCAUCAUCAGCUGCUUCAGCCUUCAAGGUUCCUGCACCUAAAACACCUGGAAAUCCUGUCAACAGUGCAAGAAAGCCUGCUUCAGCAGGUGGCCCUAAGGUUGGAGGUACUUCUAAAGAAGGAGGGGCUGGAGCAGUUGAUGAAGAUGAUUUUAUAAAAGCCUUUACAGAUGUUCCUUCUAUUCAGAUCUAUUCUAGUCGAGAACUUGAAGAAACGUUAAAUAAGAUCAGGGAAAUUCUGUCAGAUGACAAACAUGACUGGGACCAGCGUGCCAAUGCACUUAAGAAAAUCCGGUCACUACUUGUUGCUGGAGCUGCACAGUAUGAUUGCUUUUUCCAGCAUUUACGGUUGUUGGAUGGAGCACUUAAGCUGUCAGCUAAGGACCUCAGAUCCCAGGUGGUCAGAGAAGCUUGCAUCACUGUUGCCCACCUUUCGACAGUUUUGGGAAACAAGUUUGAUCACGGCGCCGAAGCCAUCGUCCCUACGCUUUUUAAUCUUGUCCCCAAUAGUGCCAAAGUCAUGGCGACUUCUGGAUGUGCAGCGAUCAGAUUUAUUAUUCGGCAUACCCAUGUACCCCGACUUAUACCUUUAAUAACAAGCAACUGCACAUCCAAGUCAGUUCCUGUGAGGAGACGUUCAUUUGAAUUUUUAGAUUUGCUGCUGCAAGAGUGGCAGACUCAUUCACUGGAAAGACAUGCAGCUGUUUUGGUUGAAACUAUUAAGAAGGGAAUUCAUGAUGCUGAUGCUGAGGCCAGAGUGGAGGCAAGAAAGACAUACAUGGGUCUUAGAAACCACUUUCCUGGUGAAGCUGAAACAUUGUACAACUCCCUUGAGCCAUCAUAUCAGAAAAGUCUUCAAACUUACUUAAAGAGUUCUGGAAGUGUAGCUUCUCUUCCACAGUCAGACAGGUCCUCAUCUAGCUCACAAGAAAGUCUUAAUCGUCCUUUUUCUUCUAAAUGGUCAACAGCAAAUCCUUCAACUGUAGCUGGAAGAGUAUUGGUGGGAGGCAGCAAAGCCAGCCCCCUUCCAGGAAGCCUCCAGCGUUCUCGGAGUGACAUUGAUGUGAAUGCGGCAGCUGGUGCCAAGGCACAUCAUGCAGUAGGACAGGCUGUGCGAAGUGGACGUUUAGGUGCAGGUGCCCUGAAUCCAGGCUCCUAUGCAUCACUAGAGGAUACUUCUGACAAGAUGGAUGGAACAGCAUCUGAUGAUGGUCGGGUGAGAGCCAAGCUUUCUACUCCGCUUGUUGCUGUGGGAAAUGCCAAGACUGACUCUAGAGGGAGAAGUCGGACAAAAAUGGUGUCUCAGUCCCAGCCUGGCAGCCGAUCUGGGUCUCCAGGAAGAGUUCUAACCACAACAGCCCUCUCUACUGUGAGCUCUGGUGCGCAACGAGUCCUGGUCAAUUCAGCUUCAGCACAGAAGAGAAGCAAGAUACCAAGGAGCCAGGGCUGCAGCAGAGAGGCCAGCCCAUCUAGGCUUUCAGUGGCCCGCAGCAGCCGUAUUCCUCGGCCAAGUGUGAGUCAAGGCUGUAGCCGGGAAGCUAGCCGAGAGAGCAGCAGGGACACGAGUCCGGUUCGCUCUUUCCAGCCACUUGCCUCCAGACACCAUUCCAGAUCCACUGGUGCCCUCUACGUCCCCGAAGUGUGUGGGGCCUCAGGUCCUGGAUAUGGGAUGAGCCAGUCAAGCCGGUUGUCAUCUUCUGUCAGUGCCAUGCGGGUCCUAAACACAGGCUCCGAUGUAGAGGAGGCGGUAGCCGAUGCCUUGCUCUUAGGAGACAUACGGACUAAGAAAAAACCUGCUCGAAGAAGGUAUGAAUCAUAUGGAAUGCACUCAGAUGAUGAUGCCAACAGCGAUGCUUCUAGUGCGUGUUCAGAACGCUCCUAUAGCUCUCGAAAUGGUAGUAUUCCUACCUACAUGAGACAGACAGAAGACGUGGCAGAAGUCCUCAACAGAUGUGCUAGUUCCAAUUGGUCAGAGAGGAAAGAAGGCCUUUUGGGUCUGCAGAACUUGUUAAAAAACCAGAGAACGCUAAGUCGAGUUGAACUGAAAAGAUUAUGUGAAAUUUUCACAAGAAUGUUUGCAGAUCCUCAUGGCAAGGUGUUCAGCAUGUUUUUGGAGACUCUAGUAGAUUUCAUACAAGUCCACAAAGAUGAUCUUCAAGAUUGGUUGUUUGUACUGCUGACACAGCUGCUGAAAAAAAUGGGUGCUGAUUUGCUUGGUUCUGUUCAGGCAAAAGUUCAGAAAGCCCUUGAUGUUACAAGGGAAUCUUUUCCAAAUGAUCUUCAGUUUAAUAUCCUAAUGAGAUUUACAGUUGACCAGACCCAAACGCCAAGCUUGAAGGUGAAGGUGGCUAUCCUUAAGUACAUAGAAACUCUGGCAAAGCAGAUGGACCCAGGAGAUUUUAUAAAUUCCAGUGAAACUCGCCUGGCAGUAUCUCGGGUCAUCACUUGGACGACAGAGCCCAAAAGCUCUGAUGUUCGAAAGGCAGCACAGUCAGUGCUGAUUUCUUUAUUUGAACUCAAUACCCCAGAGUUUACAAUGUUACUAGGAGCUUUACCAAAAACUUUCCAGGAUGGUGCUACUAAACUUCUUCACAAUCACCUUCGAAACGCUGGCAAUGGCACCCAGAGUUCCAUGGGGAGUCCUUUGACAAGACCAACACCUCGGUCACCAGCCAACUGGUCCAGUCCUCUUACUUCUCCUACCAACACGUCACAGAAUACGUUAUCUCCAAGUGCAUUUGAUUAUGACACAGAGAACAUGAAUUCUGAAGACAUUUACAGCUCCCUUAGAGGUGUCACUGAGGCAAUCCAGAAUUUCAGCUUCAGAAGCCAAGAAGAUAUGAGUGAGCCACUGAAGAGGGACCCUAAAAAAGAGGAUGGUGACACAAUAUGUGGUGGUCCCGGGAUGUCAGAUCCAAGAGCAGGAGGUGAUGCCACUGACUCCAGCCAGACAGCUCUUGAUAAUAAAGCAUCUUUGCUCCACUCAAUGCCACUCCACUCCUCUCCACGCUCCCGAGACUAUAAUCCAUAUAACUACUCAGAUAGCAUCAGUCCCUUCAACAAGUCUGCCCUCAAGGAAGCCAUGUUUGAUGAUGACGCCGACCAGUUUCCUGAUGAUCUUUCAUUAGACCACUCUGACCUAGUUGCAGAGUUGUUGAAGGAGCUGUCUAACCAUAAUGAACGUAUAGAAGAAAGAAAAAUUGCCCUGUAUGAACUCAUGAAGCUAACCCAGGAAGAAUCUUUCAGUGUUUGGGAUGAACACUUCAAAACAAUAUUAUUGUUAUUGCUUGAGACCCUUGGGGAUAAAGAGCCUACAAUCCGGGCCUUGGCAUUAAAAGUUUUAAAAGAAAUCUUAAGGCAUCAACCAGCAAGAUUCAAAAACUAUGCAGAGCUCACUGUCAUGAAAACCUUGGAAGCACACAAAGAUCCUCACAAAGAGGUGGUGAGGUCUGCUGAGGAAGCUGCCUCUGUGUUGGCUACUUCCAUUAGUCCAGAGCAGUGCAUUAAAGUGCUUUGUCCCAUCAUACAAACUGCUGACUACCCAAUUAACCUAGCUGCAAUCAAAAUGCAAACAAAAGUGAUAGAGAGAGUAUCCAAGGAGACUCUUAACGUGCUCUUACCAGAGAUCAUGCCAGGUCUAAUACAGGGUUAUGAUAAUUCAGAAAGCAGUGUCCGGAAAGCUUGUGUCUUCUGCCUGGUGGCUGUCCAUGCGGUGAUUGGUGAUGAGCUAAAGCCACACCUCAGUCAACUCACUGGGAGUAAAAUGAAGCUGCUGAACCUUUACAUCAAACGUGCACAGACAGGCUCUGCAGGAGCUGACCCCACUACUGAUGUUUCUGGACAGAGUUAGUGCUGUGGAUGGAGCCUCCCAGGUCUCGGAAAGGACAACUGCCUGCCCUCCUCGGGGAAAGGAAACUCAAAUACAGCUUUGGGACUCAGCUACCGUUUCCCAGUUCUAGCUUUUUGUUUUGUUCUGUUUUGUAUUUUCUGUAACAGAGGGGUGUCCUCAGUCUGCAUGUAACUUUAUGAUAGUUAUUCCAAGUUCAGGAGAAGCAGUAUUAACAUCAGUUGAUCAGUACAAAGUAAUUUUUUAAUCUAAUUCACCAUUUCACAUGUUUGUACUUCUUUGUCUUCCCAUUAACCUUUGCCAGUGUUAUGAUUGUAUAAAUUUUUUAAAAUGCUGGUUAAACAGGAAUGCUUAAAGCUUUAAAAGUUUAACAGUCUAAACUUUUUUUUUGCCUUUAUUCAACUGCAGAAGAAUAUUUUUAUUUUUACUUUUGUUUCGUAUCAUGUCCUAUGCUAGAAAUACUGACGAUAAUGUGAGACAGAGCAGGGCUGCCUGGAACUCCAGCCAGACGCUGUUGAUGUGGCGGUGGUACAUGGCGUUAGCUGCGACUUCUUUGGGAUGACCUCAAAGAGAAAUGUCAUAGAAUCAGCCAGUUCUGUAAGACUGAUAGUGUCUGUUGGUUCUUGAUCUUGCCACCUUUAUUUAAAGCCGUGUCCCUUCUUUUAUCCCAUAAGAAAGCUGCACCAAAUCACCUGCCUAGGUUUCCAUGGGAAUGAUUACAACGCAAGGUUUUGUUGCAGAGCCUUUGGUUUAUCUUUGUUAUGAAUGAUGCUUUUUGUUGUAUUUAUUAAUAUCAAAUUCACUUAUGAAUAGACUUGAUAAUGGAAACAGAUGAAAAAAAUCAAGUGCAUGUGUGUCUUUGACUGUUCUGUUUCUCAUUUGAUAAACUAAUUAUUGACAUGGGAGUCAACCAGCACCUUUUAGUUGAAUGGUGGAAUCUGGUUUCCUUUGACCAUGAAAUUGUCUUAUGAAAACAUGGAUCCUGAUGAGAGAGAAGCUGGUGCCGAGGCCCUUGUCCAAUGGGCUCACACUCUCUACCUCUUCAGGGCUGACACUUUAACUGACCCGCUGCCUGGAGUGUCUUGGAAAACUACUUUAAAGGUGAUGUUUUGUUACCUUUCAACAUUUUUUUUAAUCACCACUGCUAAAGUUAUUUUCAUGUGCAGCCAACUUUCAAAUAUUACCAGUUUGGGUGAAAGGCCAAAUGAGGUCAUUUGGAACCAGGAUACUAUUGAUUUCUCAUCUUGACUUUUUUUUAUCCUAACAUAAGGUGAAUUUGACUGGAAAGCACAUGGCUGUUACAGAAGCAGUUUGCUAUUGUUACAGAGUUACCUAUACCUUGUUCAGCUGGAAAACAUGUAGAAACACAUGUAAAGAACGUAAGCUGAGAGAACUGGACGGAUGCUCACCCGUAGGCUUUUCCUUUCCUUUGUUUUUAUUCUGUUUUAGCAGCAAGAAGAGAUAUAACUCCGUACCCUCUCCCUACUGUAACAGUUUUGUUUUCUACUGUUAAUGACAUUGUGUAUUUAUAGUUCUAUGCUUACUGUUGUGCAUAUACUGGCAAUAAAACUGUACAUAACAUUACUUGAAAACCUUAA